GGUUCCGUUGUGGUGUCAAUCGCGCGUGUAACUGUAUUAUCUUCCUCGUUGAAUUAUGUUUUCAUUAUUUUAUAAACGAUUCAAUCUCUAACACUGUUAUAGGCGUUAAAUAACAAGUUCACUGAUUCGUAUGCAGCGUGACUGCCGGUUUUUCUUGGACACUGAUCGCACGAGGGAAUGUCGAGAUGGAUGGCUUGGCUUUAGCUCAAGGAUAGGGUGAUCAGGGGAUUAGUACGGAAGGAUGCCACACGCUGACCGAGUCUGGAACUCUAGGAAACGGCUGGUGACAGGUGACGUAGCCGAUCAAUGGUUGUUUCGGAAGAGACAGAAAAGAUGCCCAUUGACCUCUUUAAAUCACUGCAAUAAACCAAGACAACACGCCUGACUACUUCACAGCUGUUAAAUUGAGGACCUUAAAGACACUAAAAUCCAACAAAAAAAUGAAUAUUCUGUCUGCUAUAAUUGUGUUUGAGAACCUCCAUGAGGUCAAAAGGCUUUUCCACUGGGGUCCGAUCAUCGCUCUGACGGUCAUUGGCAUGUGCUCCACCAUGGCCAUACUAGACUCCAUAAUCUGGUACUGGCCACUGGACACCACUGGAGGCAGCAUUAACUUCAUCAUGCUCAUUAACUGGACUGUCCUCAUUCUGUACAACUACUUUAAUGCCAUGUUUGUCGGCCCUGGUUACAUUCCUCUGGGGUGGAAACCGGAGAAUCAACAAGAAAUAAUGUACUUACAGUUCUGUAAAUUGUGCCAAGGCUAUAAAGCCCCAAGGUCACAUCACUGUCGCAAGUGUAACAGAUGUGUGAUGAAGAUGGAUCAUCAUUGUCCCUGGAUCAACAACUGCUGUGGUCAAUUGAAUCAUGCGUACUUCACCAGUUUCCUCCUGCUCGCUCCACUGGGCUGCAUGCAUGCCGCACUAAUAUUUAUCAUGACUACGUACACUCAACUUUAUGAUCGGAUCUCAUUUGGUUGGAGCUCAGUGAAGAUUGACAUGAGCGCUGCUCGGCACAUCCACCAUCCCAUCAUGCCUUUCAGCAUUGCGGCAUUUGCAGCCACUCUUUUUGCACUGGGACUGGCGCUGGGUACCACUAUUGCUGUUGGGAUGUUGUUUUUUAUUCAGAUGAAGGUGAUUCUUCGAAACAAAACCUCAAUAGAAGCAUGGAUUGAGGAGAAAGCCAAAGACAGAAUCCAAUACUACCAAACAGGUGAAGACUUCAUCUUCCCCUAUGACCUGGGCAGCCGAUGGGAGAACUUCAAGCAGGUGUUCACAUGGUCUGGUACCCCCAUGGGAGAUGGAAUCGAAUGGCCUGUGCAUGAGAAGUGUAACCAGUAUACUCUAACCAUUGAGCAGCUGAAGCAAAAACAUGAUAAACGUCAGAGGAGUGUUGAGUACAGAGUGGUGGAGGACUACAAUGGAGCUUGUUGCCCUUUGGGAAAGGGACUAAACACUUUCUUUAGGACACCUUGUACAGAGGAACCCAGAAUCAAACUCAUAAAGGGGGAGACCAUCUUUGCUACAAGAGGAACCAAGUGGUGGAUGUAUGGGGACAAAGUUCUGAAUGAGGAACAGGCUAAAGCUGGAGAUCGUAUUAGAGGAUGGUUUCCACGCCGAUGUGUCGAGAAGUGUCUCUAUGACUCAGCGAAUAAUUUGACAAGUGAAGAAAAGAAAGAGCAAUGAGACAGAAUUGUACAUUUCACUGCUCGCUUUGGACCUAAUAUUAGGGCCUAAACCCUGCUGAGAUGCAAAUAUAUUUCUGAUUCUUUUGUAAAGCUGUUCAAUGUCACCAGCGCUAAGUGUUGAAGCAAAUUAAUACUGACACCCCAAAGUUUUUAACCUGUGUAACUUAACAUUUCAUUUCUAAAGAA